AUGGACAUUCUCAAAGUACUAUCUCGCGGCAUCAAGCCCAACCCAAAAAACAAAGCCCAAACCGCGGGUGCCACGACCCAGCUCCCAUCGGCCGGCGCCCUUCCCCGCCCGCAGCUCUUUCACGACCCCAUCAGCUCCCGCGGCAAGAAGAGGAAAAGAAGACGGGGUGCCCAGGAUGACGAGCCGGAUGAAGACGAGGAAGAGCUCAGCGAUGUCGAUUACUUCGCCCCGAAAAAGCCCGCCCCGGAAGCUGCACCGACCGACGUCGAGGAGACACCCAAGAAGCGCAAGAUCAAGCUCCUAGACGAGGACGAGUGUCGUCAGAUCCUGCGCUCGCACCGUCUCAAAUUCAUGAUUCUAUCAAGCCAACCCCAAGCUGAGGUGAAUCUGGAGGAGGAAGAGCCAGCGUCAAAGAAGAAGAGCAGCAAGAAAAAAAAGAAGGAGCCCGAGAGCAAGGGCGAGAAGGACAAGAAGGACGAGCACAAGAAGCAGAUCUUCCCGCAACCACUUGCCUCGUUUGGCGAGCUCCGGCAUACAUACGACGUGUCCCAGCAGCUGGCAGCGAAUAUUGCCGCGCAGGGGUUCCGUGUGCCGACCGAGGUUCAGAUGGCCAGUCUGCCCCUGCUACUGCGGCCAGCCACGGCGCUGAAGAAGUCUGGGGGCGCGGAUAUUCCCAACAUCGACAACGGGGCGGACUUCCUCGCUGUUGCCCCCACGGGUAGCGGCAAGACCAUUACAUUUCUCAUUCCGGCUAUCGACGGCGUGCUAAGGCGGCGUGCGGAGGAGGGGAGGGAGAACGACCAGCACGUGCUGGAAGCGGUUGUUGUUGCACCGACGAGGGAGCUGGCGAGCCAGAUUGUGAAUGAGGGGCGGAAGUUGGCUAUUGGGACCGGCGUGAGGGUGGUGCUGAUGAAGCGGGCGCUAAGGCUAGCUACGGAGGAGGUAGAGGACGAGAAGAGCAAGGAUGAGGAGGAAGGCAGUGGGGGUGAGCAGGAGAGCGAUGAGGAGAGCGAGGAAGAGUCAGAAGGAGAGGAGGGCAAAACCAGCAAAGAAGCCAAGCCUCUGGCAAGGGUCGAUAUCCUCGUGACGACGCCCAAGAUCUUGCUCAAUUUUCUGUCUGGGAAAUCCGGUGCCCGCAGAAUCCUACCCUCAGUCAGGUCCCUCAUUCUGGACGAGGCCGACGUCCUGCUCGACCCUCUCUUCCGCAAACAAACCAUGGCUAUCUGGCGCGCCUGCACCCACCCCAACGUCAGCCUGACCUGCUGGUCCGCCACUAUGGCCUCCAACGUCGAGGCCCUCGUCACCAAGCACCUCUCCAAGCGCGCCAAGAAGACCGACAGCCCACCGCGCCCGCUCAUCCGGCUCUCACUCCACGACGAGCUCAAGUACGACAUCCCCCUCGAAGCGGGCGGCUCAGCACGAGUAGCCGUACUCCACUCCUCCAUGGCCGACUCAGCCCGGUCCAAGAUCAUGGCGCGGUUCCGCGCGGGCGAGGUGUGGGUGCUCGUAACCACCGACGUGCUCGCGCGCGGCGUCGACUUCGCCGGCGUCAACGGGGUCGUCAACUACGACGUGCCCACCUCGGCGGCCGCCUACGUGCACCGCGCAGGCCGCACGGGGCGCGCGGGCCGCGAGGGCGGCGUCGCCGUCACCUUCUACACCAAGGACGACAUCCCCUUCGUCAAGAGCGUCGCCAACGUCAUCGCCGCGAGCGAGAAGCAGGCUGGGAAGGCCGGUGCUGAGGGUGCGGCCGUGCAGAAGUGGCUGCUGGAUGCGCUGCCCAAGGUCGCCAAGGAGGAUAAGCGCAAGCUGAAGGUGCGUGGCGUCGAGUCGCGGCGCACGGGUGGUAAGGCGACGAUCACGACGAAGAGCUCGUGGGAGCGGCGGAGGGAGCAUAAUCGCGCGCAGGCGGUUGAGGCGAGUAAACGGCGGAAGAGGCAGCGGCGGGAGGAGGGGCCGGAGGAGUCGGCCGGUGCGGUGCCCGAGGGUGAGUGGGGAGGGUUGGAGGAUUGA